ACUCCCCGGGCUGGGCUGUGGGGCUGCUCUGCUCCCACAUCCUGCAGUGCCCAACAUGGCUGGAGCAGCUUGUCCCUCUGCCCUAGGCUGUCCUGCGGAUGCCCGGGGCAGGGCCGGCGGCAGGCAUUCCUCCUCUUCCUCCUGUACACCUUCCUGGGCCAUGUCUGCAGCACAGUUGGAGCGCUGCUAGCCAGCCAGCUCGGCAUCCAGGGAGGUUCAGACGCAUCUUUCCCCAGAUCCUCACGGGUGCCUACAUGGCCAUGGCUGACAUCAUCCGCUUCCUGCUCACCAUCUUUCCCUCGUGCCCACCUGAGGCCCAGAAAAAAGCACGUCCACCACGGCAGAAGGGGAGAAGGAGGAGGCGGUGGCUGCAGGAUGGUCUGCUGGCCCUUGCCCUGCCCCUGUCCAUGGGUGCUGGCAGAUCUCUGCUGACCACCAGCCCCCGGCUCUCCCUGGAGCGGCUGGAGGGAGCCCGGCGGAGGCUGCUUGGGGCAGUGUUGGAGGACAACAGGGGAACGCUGGGCUUUGUCCUGGGGCUGCUCUCUGCCCUUGUUGCCCUCACAGCCAGGAUCCCCGCACUCUCUAGAGCAUGCAGGGGGAAGCCAUGCCCACGGAGGCGGCUGUGGGCCACCUUCUGCUCGGCCACAGCUGGGGUCCUCUACGCAGCAGCGAUCGUCACCCACGACCAGCAGCCUGUGCACCUCCUAAGGGCCCUGCCCUGGCUCCUCAUCGCCCUGGGCUCAGCUGUGCUGGACAUGGCCCUCCUGUUCAUUGCCUGCACAACCAAGAACCAGAGGAGCCAGUGGCCCGAGGUCCCUGAUGCCUGGGCUCCCCUGACUGGAGAGGAAGAUGAUGGAGGAACAGAGGAAGAAGAGGCUGCCAAAUGGGUCCCACUUAACAUGGUUCCAAAACCCAGGUCUGGGCCCAGGACGGUGGCCACCAGCCACUCCUUAGACCUGAUGAUCAGGCUGGUGCAGCAGACUGGUCAUGGCGUGGCGAGGCUGCCCAGGGAUGCACAGAUGGGUGCAGCAGGCUCCGUGCCACCCCAGCCGCCUGUCUGCCCCCCGCUCCUAACCCUGCACCCUGGGCUCUCCCCAUCGGGCUCCUCUGAUGCCGCCUCCAUCAACUCGGAGCUCGAGUGGGACUUUGAAGACUUGACGGUGCAGUGGAGCCGCCCCAGCCCUGCUGCUCAGCCUUGCUCCGUGGUGUGUCCAGGCACCUUCAGACAACCUGCAGCCCCUCCGAGACACCUCAAGCACCCGUCCCCCCAGCCCAGCAAGCAGUAACCAGCAGAGGGUGCCUCCUUGGGGCUCCCCUGGGACAGGUGAUAAGCCCUGGGGUACCAUCACAGGCUGCACUGCCUGGGUGGAUUGGUGGCAGCUUCCAGCAUCUCUUUUCAUCCUUCUGCUGCAGAGGGGUGUGGGGUCCCCCUUCCCCACCACCAUUGGCUGCCCUCCCUGGAAUUGGGGCUGUGGGAGCGGUGCAGCCUCACGGCUGGGUUUAAACCUAUUAGUGUCUUCUCUUGAUUGGGCUGGUGUUUCCCCCAGCACAGGGGUUACAAGCCCUGCCCAAACAUGCUCUGCAGACUCUGGUGUUGAAGCCUGCUGAUCUGCCCAGCAGGGCAGGAGAUAGGGACAGUCCCCACUGUGGCUUCCUGGUGGUGGCUGCCACGUUCCCCGGUCAUCUCUGACUGCUGAACAUUAGCACUGCGAGCCAUGGACCAGCAAGGAAGAAACCCACCUGGAAGAUUAUAUGUGUCUUCAGUGCCGUAUGUGGGGGACUGACCCAUCACUUGUGGGCUCCCUGGCGGGUGCCAAUUCCUGCAAUGGGGAGGUGAGUUUCUUGCCCUGGGAUCAUUUUUGUGCCUCAAAAAUGUGUGUGGUGCAGACUGGUGGAAGCUGCAGAAACAUAGGAGCCCGUGCAAAGGCCAGGAGGGAGCAGCCAGUUUGCAUCCACAGCGCUGGGUGCCUUCAAGUGCCUUGGUCCACGUGUGCAGGGGUGAGGCUGCAGUGCAGUAUGGGGAUCCCCAGGACCCCACAGCCCACACUGCAUUUGUUGCAUGUGAAGCUGGAGCAAGAUCAUCCACAAUGGGGACCUGGGGACCUGCCUGGCUGCUCUCCUGCUCCUCUGUGUUACGGAGCACAGGGGAAAAGAGCUUUCCCACACUGGAGAGCAGUGGAGAGCACAACUGGGGCCAGUUCGCUCCCUGCAGCUGGAGGUCAGCUUUUUGCCCCAGGGUGGGUGGUGGUGGCUCCUACAAGGAGCAAAUCAGGGAAAGAGCCUUUGCUAUAACCCUAGGCUGAUGGCGUCUUCCGUGGUCUUUUCUGAGGUGCUGGUGGCUUGUAGCUGUUCCUCCUUCCCAGUGGCAUGCAUCCUGCUCUGGGUUCUGC